AGGCUCAGAGGAGGAGCUGGAGGCUUGAUUUGUCUCCUUCUUCUGUAAUGUUCUGCUGUGAAUCUUUGUUUCAGACAUUUAGUUGUGUUUGAGGUAAUUUUUAAAGAGCUGGAAACUUAUUUUACUGCCUGUUUGUUUGGGAAAGUUGAGAUUAUCUCUGGAUCUCUGCCACACAUUCUUUCCAUUCCCCGUUUAGCCCCAGACAGGACCACCUCCUCACAAUCAUCUGGGCCGUUACGUUUCUUCUUUUACAUUCUCCAACUUUUUCUGAUUUGAGGGAAGAAGCAGCUGGAGCCUGAGGAGAAGUUUAGGGGGCAGAGUUCAGCGCCUCGCCUCGGACUCCGUUUAUUACUCUGCUUACAAAGAGGUGUGAAGUAGAGAUGGGUGGCGCUCCCACAGCAUGAUAAUGCCUCCAACUGCCGGUAGGACUUUAGAGACUCGAACGCCACACGAGGACAAGAAGUUUCCUUCCUGAGAGCUCCCUACAUCCGGUUGUGGGCUGACAUCAGUUUUUCUGUGCUGGUUCCUCUUUUGUGAGGCUGGAAAUGCAGAUUGUGACCCGACUCUGUGUGCUCGAGCUUUCAUUAAAAAGGGAUUAUUUGGCUCGCAGAUAAAGUUUCCACCUCCUGAGUCUUUGCCCUCUUGCUUUUCUGUCUUCAGCCGUGUUGAGAGACGUCCCGAGUGGAGCCCAGAUCCUGCUGUGGGUUGAUUCCCAGGGAGAGAAACCCCACCAGCGUCCUGAGCGGGACAGCAUCCUCCCUCAGCCUCCAUCCUCUGCCUCCUCAUGUUCCUGCAGGUGGAGCAGAGGGCAGCUGGAACUCGUGGGGAUGGCGCUGCACAGGAGGCUGCUGCUCGGCGUGUUGACCGUCGGCUCGCUGCUCUGCGUCUACAUCCUGUGUUUGAACCUGGAGAGGAACUUCAGAUGGUCCAUGGCACCGCUCAAGCACUUCCACGGCUUCAGGCAGACCACCAGCAGAGACUCCUUGGAGCCUCCUGACAGACCGAACCUUGAAGACCUGUGGACCCAGCCGGCACCGACCCCCCACCCAGACAGACCCGCUCUGAAUCCAGCUUUAAAGACUUACACAGCCGCUGCCACUGCUGUUAAACUGCAAGCACAAGCACAAAACGAUGCCCCGGAUCUAUCCAAGUCCAACGGCACCAGAGGCCCAACAGUUCGGCCCGCAAAGCCUCCCGGACCCACAGAGCCUGCCUUCGUCGGAGACACUUACAUGAACGACUACAUCAAUCCAGAAACAGGCUGCACGGACACUAUCAGGAGUCGGGUCAAAGAAACGGCAUUUGGUGAGCGUUUCCUGGAACAUAUUCCGGUCCUGCAGUGGGCCAAACAUGUGACUCCUGAGCAGCACCAGCGUCUGAGCCGAUACCCGGGAACCCACGGCUGGGCGGUGAUCGACUACCAGAUGCUGCAGGACACUCUGCCUGUCCUCAACUCUUCUGCUAACUGGCAGCUGUUGGAUGACUGGAGGAAUCGCAGCAGCAAGCCGGAGUGCAGCCGCUGUGCUGUGGUGGGAAACGGAGGCAUCCUGAAGAACUCCAAGAAAGGGAAGGAGAUCGACAGUCAUCACUACGUCUUCAGGACCAACGGGGCGAUCACUAAGGGCUUCGAGGAGGACGUGGGAUCCCGGACCACCCACUACACCUUCUCCACCAACACUUUAAUGAACUCCAUGAGGAGCUACGGCCGCGCCGGCUACAGAGGGCCGCCUGUGUCCGAGGAAACACGAUACGUCUUCCUGCCGGAUCAUGACCGGGAUUAUCUGAUGAUGAAGGCGGCGGCGACGCACACGAUGACGGCGAAGGGACCUGAAAGGACCAGAAAGCCGACGGACUUGUUCGGGAAGGACGUGUCGGCGGCAAAGCUGAAGAUGUAUCACCCUGAUUUCAUCCGUUAUCUCAGAAACAGGUUUCUUCGACCGCGAAGCCUUCAGAGGAUCUACAACGUGUACCGUCCGUCUACGGGGUCUGUGAUGUUGCUGGCUGCUAUGCACACCUGUGACCAGGUGAGUGCGUACGGCUUCAUGACCCCCGACUACAAGAACUACUCUGACCACUACUUCGACAGCACAUAUCGCAAGGUGGGCUUCUACCUCAACCACGACCUUCGGUUGGAGAUGAAUCUGUGGCAGCAGCUGCACCAGGCGGGACUCAUCCGGCUCUACAUGCGCCCGUAAACGAGGGUCGACCGGAUCUGAGUCGCCCACGAGCAGACGGGAAUGUCUGAACUGAGCUAAAAGAAAAAGUAGCAGAAGUUUUCUUUUCAUGAAGGAAACUAGAGUUGGGUUUUUUUGUUUUAAAUGACAGCUGCUGUGAUUGUUCGGGAUGGAGGUUUACUUUUAUUUAUCAAACUUUGUUUUGACUUUUUAAAAUAACAUUUAUUUAUCCUGGAGAGCAUGUUUUUGGUGAUUUGUAGGUUCAGAUGUGCGAACGAAAUUGAGCCGAAAUGGUGAAAAAAAUGUUGCACUUCAGCUCAAAGCCCAUUAAACCCAUUCCAGCUGCAUUUGGCAUUCAUCUCGUAUAAUCAAAUUAACUACAGGAAAGUCAGAACGUCAAAAUCUAGGAUUCAUCCUCUGAAUCCGAAUUGCAGUUCAAUUUCAUUGGAAAAAAGCGUCAAAAUCAGCAAUUUGUGUUGCUGAUGUGGUGAAACCAACUACUAGAUCCUGUUCUACAUUAGAGGUCAGCAAAUGGCCAACAUUAACAAUUAGUAAUCAGGGAGACGAGGAGAUGAUAGAAAUUUGGAAGCAUCUGCAGCAAAAAAUUAAAAUUCAGGUGUCAAAAUGUAGAUCCCAACGCAAAAUUCUACUCAAACACUUUUGUUUUACGUGUUUGAUUAGAAAAUAACUUUCCAACAGUUUGUUUGUAAUGGUAAUUGAAAAAAUGCCAGAUAUCAGAUUUGAUAAUCGACCUGGCUGAUCAUCGGUUGACUCUUAUCCGGUACGUUAGGUGGUGAUUUGCACCUAGUAGUUGGUCAUCGUUGCAGGUAAUGAAACUAUUUUUUGCACCUUGAAAGAAGACGUCAUUGAAGUACGUUUCUUGUUAGCAUAAACUGUUUUGGAGAUGUAGAAUCUCAAUUUAGCUUUAUUUGGCUAGCUCUUUGUGCAGUCAAACAGGCCAUUCAAUAAGUUCAGAUAUUCAUAAUCCUCAGAGGAUGAAUACUUAAAAAGCUUCAUUUUAUACUUUUAUGUUGCCAUAAUUUUGGUAAAAGAAACGGUUGAUAUUUAUUAGCAGCAUGAUCCAGCGUAGAAAGCUCACCGCUUUCUAGCAUUGUGCCGACAGUUUCAUCUCAAGUCAACAAGAAGGCCAAAGUCUUGACGAAAAAUGUUUGUUUUCCGUUUUUAGCAUCUGAAAUAGUUUUGUUUUUGUGCCAUUAUUGGGUCAAACCUUCAACAUAUUCAUAAACCAAAUUCCCAUCAGCCUCUGCUACUGUGUGGUAAUUAGCAAGUGCUAGCAUGCAAACAUGCUAAAGCAAAGUAAAUAGUGAAUCACGGAUUGCUGGGGCUGUCAUUGUUACCAUAUUAGCAUGCUAACAUUAGCAUUUAGCUCAAAACAGUGUACUUUUGUCACAUCAUUCAGGCUGUUGGAGGAAAAAAUGAGCUUUUGUCUUGAUCAGAGUCUGAUGAUUCUUUCAACUGGAGGUUAAAACUUCAGAAACAUGUAAAAAUCAGUGGAAAUCUAAUCAAAAAUAGCUAUAAAGUCUGGUUCUUUGGAGUCACUUCUGGAUAUUCAAACCAUGUUCAGAUCCAGAAGUUGCAAACUGUAGUUUCCAAAGAAAGAUGCACAACAUUCAAGAAAAUUCUGUCUUCAUUGUUGCGUGAGAACGUCUUGCUCAAGUGCCAAAAUAUCCGGACAGUUAUCAAAGGAGAAGAAGGUGACGCUCCGUUUAAAGCUGUAAUUAUCAUAUAAUAAUGAUGAAACUGAGGAAUACCAUAAUUUUAAAGGGAAAACAAAAGGAGAAACCAUGUGUUAAAACGUUUAGAUAAACACAGUGAAACUUAAUUUAAAUUUAAGUUGCAUUUCAUGAAGCGGAGAAGCUCAGGACUGAAACUGUUCUGUCGUAUCUCAUCGAGCCUUUUGUUUGAACAGUUGGUGUAAAAGUGGAAAUUUCCACUAUAAAGAUGUUAUUUGUCACCUCAGCGGACAGACUUCGGACUCUGCUGCUGGUGUUGUUUCCUUUCACUCACAGUUAAAACCUACAAAUCACCAGGAUCGUGUUUACUGCCGGACUUUGGAGCGUCUCGUACAAUCAGCUUCUGGUUCUUUCCUGUAAUUGUGCGACUCGGUGCGCUGACAAGGGACAAGACUGUAAUUGAGUUGGCCGCUCGCUUAAAAUAUCCUGCGUCGCCACCCUGAAUAGACCCUAAAUAGACGGUCAGAGCACUGCUGGCAUUGGCCGAGUUCUAUUCUGACUCAUGUUUUCUGUCUAAUUUACUGUGGAAGGUGGAAGAAACGCCGACUGUGACUUUAAAGCUCGGCGGUGGGGAAUAUUUGUCUUUCCUUUAAGGGACUUAACUUAUUAUUGUUUGUCGAAGCACACGUUUGUUUUCUGUUUUUACAAGUUGCCACACUGUGACCAUCCCGACACUGUGUGGGCUCUGCUGGACUUUUCAGUGCCUUUUAAUGUGAAUCGGCGGUUUCCACGGCAACGCAAGCAAAUGCCGGUGGCCCUCCGUUUGGAUCCACCGCCACACCUGGACUCCUCUGAGCCGCCGUGACGAAGAGUCACUGAGAUUUACUGUCGAAUCCUCCAAAACACGGGGCGUUAAGCAUUUUUUUAUCGUGUGACGACAAACCAAAUAAAGACAUGCAGCAAAUCAGGGAAUAGUUAAACUAACUUUUUGUGGUGUAUUGAAUCAUAUCCUGACAGUGAUCCAGUCGUCUGAAACACUGGGUGGUGUUUAAACAGACUAACGGGGGAAGGGGAGGCCUUUUUAUAGUGCAAUUUCUGACUCUGAUUUUCAAAUUGUGUAUUAAAGGAAAAUUGUGAUUUUA